CUUGACUCAUCAUCUCCCGCUGCUGCUCGCCCAUUCAACGCAAGAUUCGGUAUAAAUUUGGUGGUCAAUCAAAAAUCUUGACCAAAAAUUCAAAAUUAGAUCACUAUUGAACAAUUGCCUUUCGGCUAUAUGCCAAAGAAGCGCAAUCAUCAGUUUAAGCCCUUGGUUACGAAUCUAUCACGCCCCGCCUCGCCAAAGGACUCCUCUGGGUCCACCAGAACCGUCAAUGAACGGCUUGCGCAGCUUCGUGCCGAGCAGGCUCCUCGCCCUACGAUCGAACAGCGGAAUGAGAUAGCCACACUGGCAACCUCCCAUACCCUUCCACCACAUCUACGUCGCAUACUAGAUGUUCCGGAAACCGCGCCACCACUCCCCAAGCCUGGCGCCAGGAGGGCGAUGAGAAUCAAUGGGGUUAGAAUGCCACCAGGCCCACCAGCACCGCGGAGCUGGCUCGCAGCAAGUCUACACGCACCCCCGGAUGUCAAGACAAAAGCUAAGAGCGGCAUGAGAGAUCGAUUGGCGACGAGAUAUAAACCAGAUGUGCCUCCGAAACUAGUGCUUGAAGCACCAAAUUUGCUGCCGAAUCCAGGCAGCCUGAUUGACUGUACACUACGUGUCAUGGCAAUGGAAUGGGAAUUCAUUUCUGUGUACGAACAGCUCAACCUCGCCACUCUUCCGGCGCGAUGGAAGUCUGCUUUGCUUAGCUAUCUAAGUAUCUACGGUCCCGAUGAUGGCAUCAGAAUCUCGAGUCUGAGGACCUUGUUCUUAGAUGAAAAUGAAUUGAAUGGUGCUACUGGGAGCGAAGAAGUGGCCUGUUUUGACUUGUCUGGGCUUAUUACAGCGUCCUUUACCAUCGCAGAUCUUGAGAAGUUUUUAUACAAGAAACCAAAGCUCGUCAAAGAGUCCACAUUGGCCGCGGAAACUCUUGAUAUAGAGUCUCAACCACUCUCAGACAACAUCAAUGACGAGCUUGCCGAGUCGUGGGAGGACGCUGCCUCGAUGGCGGACGUACCGAAUACUGGUUUAAAACUCAAAUCUUUUCCCAAUCUGGCCCGUCUUAGUCUCGCCCAUGCUGGCAGUUUUGCAUCUUGGAGCCAGUUGCUUUCGUUGACGGCGCACCUUCAUACAUUGACGCACUUAUCAUUGGCAUAUUGGCCAUUGCCAACUACGACACCAAACUUGAAGUCAGCCUUCAUAACGCAUAAUCACGCGUCUAUCCCAGUAAGUGGUACGCAUUUCUACAGUCGCCUUGAUGAUGACUGGGCCGAGGCGGCUAGUAUUUUGAAGCGUCUGAGCAAGAAUACAUACCGUCUACAGCACCUUGAUCUGGAAGGCUGCUCCGAAUGGAUUCCAGCAUUGACGUGGACCAAUGCUGAUGGCCAAGGCCGAAACGACAGAUGGGUGGACAGAACAUUUCGACCCUCCAGGAGUAAUACGGCAUCCCAUAGUUCUUUUGACGAGCCUGAGUUUGCAGAGAGCAAAGAAGGACCUGGACCGAACUGGAACGGCUCGUGGGCAUCCCUGACAUAUGUUAACAUCGCCCAAGGUAUGAUCCCACGCGAUGUUGCUGCUGUACGCUCGAUUCCUGCUGGGGUAAUUGCCGCCGAGUUGUUGCUAUGGCUCAGGGGCGAGGAGAACACAGAUGAAGAUGAUGUCAUACGGAGCAAAGGAAUUGAUGUACGCCAGUGGCUUCAGCGUGAGAAGGAAGGAAGGGCUGUUGAAAGCACAGUCCGAGCCUUGCGUGCUUCUGCAGGUGGUAAGUACUGUAAAUUUGACCAUGGAUGGGAACCACCAAAGGGUGCUGUUGCUGCAGUGUUCAAAACGAAGAAAGUCGAUGUAUGAAUUAUGUACAAGUCAUGGAUUUCUUUUGCCUGUAUAAUUCUGCUUGUGAAUCACAAUUCUCCGAAUUGGCC